UAUCCUAAAAGCAAAUAUCAAUCUUAAGCUAUUUUAACCCUAAAAAGCUGCAAGAAAAAAUACCUCAAAAGAUCCAGAUAAUUGAACAAACAACAACAGGCUCUUCAACUCAAAACUCUAGUCAUUCAGGGUUCGGGUUUCUGGGGGGAUCGGUCAGUGUCAAGAACACAGCCAGAAAACAACAACAACAAAGAUCAUGUCAAAAAACAGAACCCAACAAACACUCACAGGCCAACAGUGGUUUCUAAAAACCUACCAGAAAAUAUGGUUUUACAGUUGCCACCCAUAAAGACCCUAACCAGCUCAUCAAACUAGUGGUCUCGGGGUGUGGGGGAUACUAAAUAGGGUAAUUCUGCUGUGGUUUUUUGGUUCAAUUUGGGGUUUGUUUCAACUUUUGGGUGUAACAAAUGGCUGGCUUUUUCCAUCUAGGUGGACGAGAAGCAGCAGACACUGGAAAUGAACAAGGAGAAGACAAAGACGAGAGCCUGUAUUUGUAUAAGAACGAUGAGAUCUACAACAAGGGUUUCGAGAUAUGGCCGCAGCAGUUUUAUUAUCAACAGCAGCCGAACGUGACCGACAUCUCGUUUGGAGCGGGUCCGAGUCGAGUAAAAGCUAGUGGGUUUAACUUGUCCGAUGAGUCGUCUUCGAGAUCAGUAGGGUUUACUGUUAUGAAACAUGGAGGGAUGAAUUGCCAGGAUUGUGGAAACCAAGCUAAGAAAGACUGUGCUCACUUGAGAUGUAGGGCUUGUUGUAAGAACAGAGGGUUUCAGUGUCAAACGCACGUUAAGAGCACUUGGGUUCCCGCUGCCAAAAGGCGAGAGCGGCAACAAAAACAACUCGCCGCUUUGAAUCAAAACCAGCAGCAAGAAGAACAACAGUUUCGAGGGGAGAAACCGAAAAGGCUUAGAGAGAAUCGUGGUUCUCCCUCUUCAUCAGGGUUGGAACUGGGUAAAUUCCCUCAUGAAGUGAGUUCUCCAUCAGUGUUCCGCUUUGUGAAAGUAAGUGCUGUGGACGAUGAAGAUGAGGAGUUAGCUUACCAAACGGCGGUGAACAUCGCAGGGCAUGUGUUCAAAGGAAUUCUCUACGAUCAAGGCCCCGAAAAUCUUUACACCAGCGGCGGCGAAACCUCUCACUCUCAGCAACUCAAUCUUCCCGCGGCAACUACCACCGCUGAAACUGCUGGAAUGACGAAAACAACAGCCGCUGCCACUUCGAGUCAUCCGGUAACAAGUAUGUCCGAUCCUUCUGUUCAUCCAACUUCACUUAGCGCUUUCAUUGCUGGUACGCCAUUCUUCCCACCCCCAAGGUCAUGAUUUACAGGCCUAGCUAUCUCAACAGAAACUUCCAUUGUUGAUCUGUAGCUUUCAGUGUUAUUCAUCGUCAUUGUUGAAGCAUAGAAUUUGCAUGACAGAUGCUGCAUAUGAUUCUGGUUUCGGGAUGUUUACUUUUCUUUCGUUUUU